UCCUUAAAAAUAUUUUUAACGUGAACUUUAUUCGUCCAAUCAGAUUCGCGGUCGGUUGCCUGGCGGUGACUCAAGCGGGAAGCAUGGCGGCGGCGGAGAGAGCCAUCGUCCCUGAUCCCAUCACUCAGAUGUCAAAUUAUGAAGGUCCAGGUUUAGUUGACCUUUCAAGUCAGGGCCUUCACAAGUUGGACCCAAACUUCACCUGUUUACCGGACACCCACACCCUCAUCUUGGACCAGAACCACAUAAUCAAACUGGAACAUCUAGAGAAGAAUGCAGCACUUCAGCAGCUGUCUGUUGCCUGUAAUCGUCUCGUUCGCAUGAUGGGGGUGUCAAGGCUCACAGAAUUGAAAGUUUUGAACCUGCCUAACAACAGCAUUGGCUACAUCGAGGGACUGAAAGACCUAGUCCAUCUUGAGUGGCUGAACUUGGCAGGCAAUAACAUAAAGGUGAUAGAGCAGCUGAACAGUUGUGUGGAUCUGCAACAUCUGGAUCUGUCUGACAACAACAUUUCGAACACAGGGGACAUUUCAAAACUCACUGCCUUAAAGACGCUCCUUCUCCAUGGCAACAUCAUAACAACGCUGCGUACGGUCCCUGCCCAUUUCCCCCCGAAUCUCACCGUUCUCUCAUUGGCUGAGAAUGAGAUCAGAGACCUCAGUGAGGUAUCCUAUUUGGCACCUCUACAUGACCUCGAGCAACUGUCCAUCAUGAGCAAUCCGUGUGUGAUGGCUACACCCUCCUUGCCUGGCUUUGAUUACCGUCCAUAUGUCGUGAGCUGGUGCCUCAAUCUGAAGGUGCUUGAUGGUUAUGUGGUGUCACAGAAAGAGGGGCUCAAGGCAGAAUGGCUUUACAGCCAGGGAAAAGGCCGCACGUAUCGUCCUGGGCAGCACAUACUGCUAGUUCAGUACCUGGCUUCCACAUGCCCUUUGACAUCCACAUCAGCACUGCAGUCUGCUGAGGAUGCCAAGCUGGAGAGAAUUCUCAGCAAGCAGAGGCAGCAUCAGAGGCAGCUGCUCCUGUCAAGUCACUGUGACUCCCCAAGUCCUCCUCGUCCAACUCAGCUAGAUGUGGAACAGCACUUGACUGAUCGAGCCAAAGAUGGAGUGGCCACGUUUGAGGGUUUUCCUGUCAUCAGUCAACCAGAACCUCCUGAACCGGUUCUUCAGGUAAACACUUGGAUGGGCAGCACAUCUUCAGCAAAGUUUACUGCAGUUCAAGCUUCCCUUUCUGGUGAAGAGAAUAUGGUUCUAGAGGACGUGCAGACAGAUGAAGAGAAGCUCCAUGGCAGCCUCCUCUCCUCAGAGUCUGCCUUUCUUCCUGUCAGCUCCACUGUCCACUCUCCAUCUCCCCCUGACAGUGAAGAGGAAGAGCUGGAUGAGCCUGAUUCACUGGCUCCUCCAAACCCCACCCGCUCCCAGCCUCAGAAGGCAGAGACAGAAAAGAAUUCUCAAUUGAAAGUCAUCCAAGCACCAAAAAACAGUGCAGAUUAUUCAACAGCAGAAGAGCAAAGUGAAGGAGGGGUUCAUUUGAAAAACAGCAAGCAGCAAAACUGUCUCCUGAAUGGAGAGGCCAUGUUACAGAAUGGCACGGAAUCAGGCACAGAGCAGAUAAAGCAGCGUGCCAUGGUUGCACAGUGGCAGCCAGAUGAAGCAGCUGUGAAGAUUCAAGCCUGGUGGAGGGGACACUGGACUCGACAGCAGCACCCACAGGCCAAAGAGGUGCGCUGCGAGAUUCGGCUGCGGAGGAUGCAGGAUCAUAUUGUCUACCUGACAGCAGAACUGGAGAGGGUGCGGAAGCAACAAGAGGAGGAGAAAUUGCAGAGGAUGAUUCAGGAAGAGGCUGUGAAGUUCCUCUGGAAACAACUUCAGGCCAUGCUGGAGUGGCAGUCAUCAGUGAAGGAGCAGCUCAGCUGUUUGUCUUCCUCACAGAGCUCUGCCGUGGGCCCUAUUCCUGCUGUCCCUAAAGACACAGCCAUGGCUCCCCCCAUGCGCAGUGAGCUAUCUAUCCCUGAAUCAGGCUUCCAUUCCCCAGGGGAACGGCAGGGUGGCCUAGAGGACAGUCUGAGCAGCACAGCCACAGCCGGAUCACCCGAAACGGUGCGGUCAGCAGGAGCUGCGCGCUCACCUGGAGCGGCUGGGGACAGUCAGGACGGCAGCUUGCUCGAGCAGUACCUGUCCUCUGUGCAGAGACAGGAGGAGGAAGAGGACGAGGCUGAAGAGGAAAGAGGCUCGGACAGGACAGGAACACCACUGGACACGUCAGUCCUCUCUCCACUAAGAGGGUCUGAGCCCUCCUCCUCUCCUGAUACAGAGGCUGAAAGACAGCACCCCCUGCCCAAGGCAGAGAUGUCAAAGGAAUGAAAAUGUGGUACAAAACUUUUAAAGGAAUCCUUCAGCGUUUUUCAACUCAAUCACCGUCUACUACAUCUGUAACAUACGGUUCACUACUAGUUAUCUGCUUUUCUGCUGUUCUUUUCACAGUAUAGAGAAACACUAAAAUGACCGUCCAUAGUAAUAGAGCAUAUGAUACAAAUGGGGUAGAUAGGCUGAAAAUAGCUGGAGUAUUCCUUUAAGGGAAUGGUUGAGCAACAAACAAAUUAAAUUCAUACAGUAUUUCACUUACCCCAAAUGUAAUCAAUCAGCCAGGACAUGUAUUAGUGCUUCCUUGGUUUAGUGCUUGAGCUUAACACUAGUAGCCAAUAGACACCUAAAUCUUUCCAUAGUGGUUUAAACACCGCUGGUCAAAUGGCAUGUGUUAUUGAUUUGGUAUGUGAAAAGAACACAUCCUCUACAGGGAGCUUAAGUAUUAAGGUGUUUUUUAUGCAAAUUUUAGUGCACAAUUUCUAUUUAUUUGUUUAACAUUUUGGGGAAAAAUUAAGCAUAAAAUAUAAAAAGCUGUCAUAACUUAAACAUGAAACACACACAUACACACACACACACUUUCUAAGCCGCUUCUCCCUCAAACAUGAAACAUUUAGCUUUCAUAUUUUCCUUAAUAUAUUAAAUUCAGCAAAGAAGUAGCAAUUGUGCAUUAGAAUGUGCGACAGUGUGUACUCUGUAGAAGAUAUGUAACUUAUUUACACUCAGAAAAUCACAAAACAUGUAAUUGGACAGGAGCACCCAAACUUUUGCAUAUGCACUGUGCAUGCCCAAAACCUCAGAAAGGUUUGGUUCUAGCGUUUGUUGGCAACAUUAGCUUCAUAGUUCCAGCGCUAAAGUAAAGAAGUACAAUACGGACACCAAUCGUGUCUUGGCUCAUUACAUUUGGCUUAAGAGGAAAACCGUAAAUCUGAUUUUUAACUAAACCAUUCCUUUAAGAAUGUCCUUUCUAGAUAGCAUUAAAAGGGAUAUGUCACCCAGAAGAUGCUAAAAUGGCUAAGAGGGGCCACCAGUUUUAGGUGAGACAUUCCUUCAUGUUUCUGGCAUUACCUCUGUGAAGCCAUCUGGUUCUGUGUUCAUGAACAAUCUGCGUGUGGGAGCGAGAACAUGGGACUGGAUUUCUUCACUUUAAUGACAGUCCUAGUUGCCACAACAAAUGCUAGCUCAACACUCCUACUUUGAAGGUGCUUAUUGAUGGCAGCCCCUGAGGUGAGCUCUGACAACCAUGUUUAAAUAUUUUCAUGUUUUUUGAAAAUAUACCCAGCCUUCUCGUCACCACUGAAGCCAAGAAACAAACCAAGGGUAGCCUUGACCUUCAGUCUGAGAAACGUCUGAGUCAUCUGAGAUCAGUUUUUUUAAAUGUCAGUUUAGCCCGUUCCCAUUUAGUGAAUGUAGAAGUACUUCCUGCUCCCAAACGUACAAGUGUGCGGAUUCAUGCACUUGGCAGAUGAACCCAUUAGAAUGUACAUAACGGCUUCAAAACUCCGUCAUCGAGAUACAGAACACCCUUGCAUACAAAGAGUGCCAACUUGUAGCUUAUUUACUGCACUUAAUAAACUUUUCCUUUACUGUAACUUGUGAGCGUUACAGUUCUGUGACUAUGCGUUAAAAGGAUGUACCUUUGACAUUUUCCAGCAUCUUCGUAGGCUGACACAACGAUUUCAUUGUUAAAACUGGUUUUGUGUACGUUCAGUUGUUCACCACAGUAUGUCAGCCGACAGCAAUUCUGUGUUGCAUUUGGAGUCGUUUUUUAUUUAUUUCACACUGAUUUUUUAAAUGUUUUUUGAAUGCACUUUUGAAAAUAAAAUGUUAUGUUGA